AUGGGCUAUAGUCACUUGAUCGUUCAGAAUUUCCCCCUGGAGGCAGAAUCAGUCACUGUCUCUGAGUGGUUCAUGUUUGCAAUUCCUUCGACAGGUCCGGAACUUGGCACCCGGUGUGAACUGUCGCCUGUCAAUGCCUCCCAUCCUGUCCAGGCCUUGAUGGAGAGCUUCACGGUCUUGUCAGGCUGCGCCAGCAGAGGCACGACUGGGCUGCCACAGGAGGUGCAUGUCCUGAACCUCCGCACCGGGGACCCGGGGCCCGGCCAGCCGCAGAGAGAGGUCACGCUGCACCUGAAUCCCAUUUCCUCCGUGCACAUUCACCACAAGCCUGUCGUGUUCCUACUCAACUCCCCACAGCCACUGGUCUGGCGUCUGAAGACAGAGAGACUUGCUGCUGGAGUCUCCAGACUUUUCUUGGUGUCUGAGGGUUCUGUGGUCCAGUUUUCAUCAGGAAACUUCUCCCUGACAGCAGAAACAGAAGAAAGGAACUUUCCCCAUGGAAAUGAACAUCUGCUAAACUGGGCCCGAAAGGAGUAUGGAGCGGUUACUUCAUUCACGGAGCUCAAGAUAGCAAGAAACAUUUAUAUUAAAGUGGGGGAAGAUCAAGUGUUCCCUCCCACGUGCAACAUAGGGAAGAAUUUUCUCUCGCUGAAUUACCUUGCUGAGUACCUGCAGCCCAAAGCAGCAGAAGGGUGUGUGAUGUCCAGCCAGCCUCAGGACAAGGAAGUACACAUCAUCGAGUUACUCACCCCCAACUCUAACCCCUACAGUGCUUUCCAGGUGGAUAUAAUAAUUGACAUAAGACCUUCUCAAGAGGAUCCUGAGGUGGUCAAAAAUCUCAUCCUGAUCUUGAAGUGCAAAAAAUCUGUCAACUGGGUGAUCAAAUCUUUUGAUGUUAAGGGAAACCUGAAAGUUAUUGCUCCCAACAGUAUUGGCUUUGGGAAAGAGAGUGAAAGAUCCAUGACAAUGACCAAAUCGAUAAGAGAUGACAUUCCUUCAACCCAGGGGAAGCUGAUCAGGUGGGCUUUGGACAAUGGCUAUAGUCCAGUCACAUCGUACACAAUGGCUCCUGUGGCUAAUAGAUUUCACCUUCAGCUUGACAACAAUGAGGAGAUGAGAGAUGAGGAAGUUCACACCAUCCCUCCUGAGCUGCAGAUCCUGCUGGACCCUGGCGCCCUGCCUGCCCUGCAGAACCCACCUGUCCGGCCAGGGGGAGGCCGAAUUGGAGGCCUCCCGUUUCCUUUCCCUGAUAUCUCCCAGAGAGGCUGGAAGGAAGGGGGAGAAGAUGGCCGGCCGAAGGACCCUGUCAUCCCCAGCAUACAGCUGUUUCCUGGCCCCCGAGAGCCGGAAGAGGUGCAAGGGAGGAUGGAUGUUGCCCUGUCAGUCAAAUGUGACAACGAGAAGAUGAUCGUGGCUGUAGAAAAAGAUUCUUUUCAGGCCAAUGGCUACUCAGGGAUGGAACUCACCUUGUUGGAUCCUACCUGCAAGGCCAGGAUGAAUGGCACCCACUUCAUUUUGGAGUCUCCCCUAAACGGCUGUGGUACUCGGCACCGGCGGUCAGCCCCUGAUGGUGUGGUUUACUAUAACUCGAUUGUAAUACAGAUUCCUUCGCCUGGGGAUAGUAGUGGUUGGCCAGAUGGUUAUGAAGAUCUGGAGUCAGGUGAUAAUGGAUUUCCAGGAGAUAUGGAUGAAGGAGACGCUGCCUUAUUCAGCCGACCGGAGAUCGUGGUGUUUAAUUGCAGCCUCAGGCAGGUGGGGAAUCCCAGUAGCUUCCAGGACCAGCUCCACGGAAACAUCACCUUCAACAUGGAGCUGUACAACACUGACCUUUUCCUGGUGCCCUCCCAGGGGGUCUUCUCUGUGGCAGAGAAUGGACCUGUUUAUGUUGAGGUCUCCGUUACUAAGGCUGACCAGGAACUGGGAUUUGCUAUCCAAACAUGCUUUAUCUCUCCGUAUUCAAACCCUGAUAGGAUGUCUGAUUAUACCAUCAUUGAGAACAUUUGUCCUAAAGAUGAAUCUGUGAAAUUCUACAGUACCAAGAGAGUGCACUUCCCCAUCCCGCAAGCCGAGAUAGAUAAGAAGCGAUUCAGCUUUGUCUUCAAGCCCGUCUUCAACACCUCGCUGCUCUUUCUUCAGUGUGAGCUGACACUGUGUACCAAGAAGAAGGACCCCCAGAAGUUGCCUAAGUGUGUGCCUCCCGAUGAAGCCUGCACCUCUCUGGAUGCCUCGAUGAUCUGGGCAAUGAUGCAGAAUAAGAAGACAUUCACCAAGCCCCUUGCUGUGAUCCACCAUGAAGGAGAACCUAGAGGAAAAGGUCCAAGCCUUAAGGAAUCAAAUCCAGUUUCUCCACCGAUUUUCCAUGGUCUGGACACCCUGACUGUGAUGGGCAUUGCAUUUGCAGCGUUUGUGAUCGGAGCACUCCUGACCGGGGCCUUGUGGUACAUCUAUUCUCACACCGGGGAGACAGCAGGAAGGCAGCAAGUCCCCACCUCCCCACCGGCCUCAGAAAACAGCAGCGCAGCCCACAGCAUCGGCAGCACCCAGAGCACGCCUUGCUCCAGCAGCAGCACCGCCUAACCCAGCCCAGCCACUGCCAAGGGCAGGGCCUGAUGGCUGAGCCUCCAGGCUCAGGAGGCUGGAUUUCGGUCCCCUUGUAAACAGAGACUGAACGUCAGUGUAAAGACCACCCGUUGUAUCCACCCCCUACCCAGGGCUAAUGUAUUAUAGAAUCCACGUGAGAAAGCUAAGGUGGUGGCCUUCUCCACCAACCCUCACAGGCCUGGGGGUUUUCAAUGUGAAACACGUGCCAGUUUUUAAAAUGCUGCUUUGCCCAGGUGAGAACAUCCAUAAUUUGGGGCUCUGAGUUUUACCUAGACUCAAGGAGCUGGUAAAAGGAUAGAUAGUAGAACCAGUGAGGAGAUGUAGCCAAAGAUUCUUUUAUAACUGAACCAAGAUGAAAAACAAAAAAAAUGCUUUAAGGCUCUGUAAAUGUUCCUCUACGUCUAACACUCACCUUCCGCCAGAGAGGCACACCCCUGGCCCUGCUGCCAUACCCAGUGGGGUCUCACUUGCUGAGUGCUGCCCUGGGGUCUGCAUCCUGACUUGCAUGGAAGCAACAUUCCUUUUUUAGAGCCCUGGGCCCAAACCAAUUCUGGUUACCUUAGCAGCUUCCUGUUUAUUCCGCUACUCCCACGCACCAACUGCAAAAAAACGUUUCCCUGCAAAUUUUGUACUAUUU